AUGGUGAUUCGAAACUACCUUGUUGUAACAUCUAAAAUGGAAUCUUAUCUUUCCAAUGUGAAACUUCAGAUCGGGUUCACCCGUGGACCGUCCUCACAUAAUAAUAAUAAUAAUAAUAAUAAUAAUAAUAAUAAUAAUAAUAAUAAUAAUAAUAAUGAUAAUAAUAAUAAUAGUAAUAACGAUAAUAUUAAUUAUAUUAUUAGAAACAAACAAGUUGAAUUCAAAACUAUUCAACAACCUGGAAAUUCUAACGGUUAA